AACCUAAAUAUUUAAUUGCGUCACGGAAUUGAAAAGUGAAAACAAGGUAACCGUUAUGUUAUGCGACUGAACCAUUUUGAAUCACUUUACUUUCCCUCCUUCAAAUCAAACUACUUUCCUCUCACAAAACCCUAGAUUCCAUUCGCAGAUGCAAUGCAAGAUUUUUUCGGUUCCAUUCGCCGAUCCAUAGUUUUCCCAACUCCACCCUCACACGCCACCGACGAUGGACGACGAUUCACCGGAAUCGCCAACAAAAUUGGUUCCGCCAUUCGCAAAUCCAGAAUCGGCCUCAAGUCUCCACCACCACCACCUCCUCCUCCACCCAUCCGGUGGCGGAAAGGUGAAUUGAUCGGUUCCGGUGCCUUUGGUCGUGUCUACAUGGGCAUGAACCUUGACUCCGGCGAGCUUAUUGCCGUCAAACAGGUUUUGAUCGAGCCUGGUUUUGCUUUCAAAGAGAAUACACAGGCUAAUAUUCGGGAGCUCGAAGAAGAAGUGAAGCUUCUCAAGAAUCUUAAGCAUCCAAAUAUUGUUAGAUACUUGGGAACUGCUAGAGAGGAAGAUUCCUUAAAUAUUCUGUUGGAGUUUGUACCUGGUGGAUCUAUCUCGUCACUAUUGGGGAAAUUCGGAUCCUUUCCUGAGUCAGUUAUAAGAAUGUAUACAAAACAGAUUUUAGAGGGGCUUGAAUACCUUCACAACAACAGAAUCAUUCACAGGGAUAUUAAGGGUGCAAACAUUCUAGUUGAUAACAAAGGGUGUAUUAAACUCGCAGACUUUGGUGCAUCCAGGAAAGUCGUGGAAUUGGCUACCAUGAAUGGAACAAAGUCUAUGAAGGGUACCCCACACUGGAUGUCACCCGAAGUUAUUUUACAGACUGGAUAUACAACCUCUGCUGAUAUAUGGAGUGUUGCAUGCACUGUGAUAGAGAUGGCCACAGGAAAGCCUCCAUGGAGUCAACAGUAUCCCCAAGAGGUUUCGGCUCUUUUCUACAUUGGGACAACUAGAUCUCAUCCACCCAUACCGGAACAUCUGUCUACUGAGGCAAAGGACUUUUUGCUGAAAUGCUUUCACAAGGAACCAGAUCUAAGACCUUCUGCAUCAGACUUGUUACUGCAUCAUUUCAUCACCUGCGAGUAUCAGGAAUCUCGUGCAAUAUCAUGCAGUUCAAUCAGGGACUCUUGCAAUCAUAUGGCAACAAAUGGGAUGAGCUCUAGAAACUUUCUGGAUUCUAUCCAAGGAUCAACAUGCACAGGCCUAAAGGAUGUUCAUCAGAUGGAUAGUUUAAGGUUCUCAACUGUAUAUCAUGCAAAUCCUCUAAACGCAGGUUCCUACCAAGGAACAGACAAUUAUGAUGAUGACAUGUGUCAGAUAGAUGAUAAAGAUGAUUUCUUGGUUGCUUCAUCAGUAAAUUCAAAAUCCUUACUUGCUGCUGACGACAUAAAGAGUUUCAAUCCGAUGUGUGAACCUGUGGAGGAUGACUGGCCUUGCAAGUUUGACGAAACACCAAAUUUGAAGAAAAGCAGACUGAACUUGUCCCCAGAUCAAACUAUUAGGAAAACUAUGAGUCCAGAACCAUCUCCUAAUGCAGAUAAUGAGUUCUCGUUUUCAAGUGAACCUCUUGGAGUUGAAGAUGAUGAUGAAGUGACAGAGUUCAAAAUUAGAGCUUUCCUUGAUGAUAAGGCCUUUGAACUGAACAAGCUCCAAACACCUCUUUAUGAAGAAUUCUUUGGGAAAUCGAAUUCAGCCAUUCCUCCUGUGCCUGUUGCAGUUGCACAGAGUAAAGUUAUUUCUGAUGUCUCAAAUGUAACAUCAAAAAGCAGGUCUCCUAGUCAAGCUAGACGACGGUUUUCAAUGGCUAGCAUUGUCAAUGUAACAAGCCCUGGGAGUGAUCGAAAAUAUUUUGCGAAGAUUAGUGGUGUGACUUCCCAAUGUAGACCUUUGCAGGAAAUUCAGCCAUCUGGGCUUAAUGAAUCAAAGGAGACUCUUCAUGAAGCUGGACUGGAAUCAUUUAGUGUUAGCUCAAGUUUCUCUGAGAGACAAAGGAAAUGGAAAGAAGAACUUGCUGAAGAGCUUGAGCGGACACGAGAGGUGAUGCGUCAAACAGGUGGAGGGAAGAUAACAUCCCCAAAGGAUCGCAAUUUUCUUAAAGACCGAUAGAUUAUCCUCUGCUUUUCCAGGCAUUUUCUAUUCAUCUUGACAUUUUCCUUUAAAGAGGAGGAAAAACUGUCAUUCCUUUGGAGAAGUUGCAAGUAUACAACAACUUCUUGCCAUGCCCAGAAACCUUGCAAAUGAAAUCGAAAUAGAUGUUGCAACGAAGAAUUACAAAUAUUGGCUCGGCUGGAAAAUAUAAAAUUAGUAGUACAUUGAUAUUGAUUUUUCUUCUCUUUCAAUAUUUCCCAAUUCUAUGUAUGAUAGCGAGAUAUGCAUAUAUUUGUCAAAAAAUGCAAGAUAUGCAUAUAAUGUAUUGAGUUAUGUAUACAAAUACCAUUUUGAUAGAAACAAAUGAAGAAAGUUUAAUAAGUUUAUUGAGUUCUGAGUACAUAAAUGGAAUGACAUUGCGACGACUCUACAGUCAGUCCUUGACUAUCAUUGUAUAAGCAAAUGAUUAAUGUAAGGAUGGAGCAAGGUGCUCUUUGAGUUGCAGUAUGUUACUUAAGGGUUAUCUUUGAUUGGUCUA